GUUAUAAAUUGCCUUAGGAGAAGAGGUAUCAGCACAUAUCUUGUAUUGCGAGGUUAAGCCUAGGACUCAAGGAUGGCAUCAAAACCAGGUCUCCUUACCGACUGGCCAUGGCAAAAGCUUGGAAACUUAAAGUACUUGGUUUUGGCGCCCUGGGUGGUACAUAGUGUGUAUUCAUUUGUGACCAAAGAUGAGAGAGAUAGGGACAUAACAAACUUGCUCAUCUUCCCAAUCUUGCUGUGGAGAUUGCUUCAUAACCAACUAUGGAUAAGCUUGGCUCGUUACCACACUGCCAAAAGCAAGCACAGGAUUGUGGACAAGAGCAUCGAAUUUGAACAAGUAGAUAGAGAAAGAAACUGGGAUGAUCAGAUCAUUCUGAAUGGCCUUCUAUACUACAUUGGAUUUAUGUAUCUUCCCGGGACUUCAAGAAUGCCAAUCUGGAGGUGGAAGGGUCUGGUUCUUACAACUCUUCUCCAUAUGGGUCCAGUGGAAUUCCUCUAUUAUUGGUUUCACAGAGCUUUGCACCAUCAUUUCCUUUAUUCUCGUUACCAUUCACACCACCAUUCAUCCAUUGUUACUGAACCCAUCACAGCCGUUAUUCAUCCAUUUGCAGAGCAUAUUGGUUAUUUUCUACUGUUCUCAAUCCCGCUUCUGAGCAUAUUAUUUACUAGAACUGCUUCUGUGGUAGUGUUUGCUGGGUAUGUAACUUACAUCGAUUUCAUGAACUGCAUGGGUCAUUGCAACUUUGAGCUGGUUCCAAAGUGGGUGUUCAACAUCUUCCCUUUUCUCAAGUACCUUAUGUAUACUCCAUCGUUUCAUUCUCUUCAUCAUACACAAUUUCGAACCAACUACUCCCUCUUCAUGCCUUUCUAUGAUUACAUAUAUGGAACCAUGGACAAGUCCACAGACAAAUUGUAUGAAGAUUCACUCAAGGGAAGGAAAGAGACACCAGAUGUAGUACACCUGAUGCACCCAACAACACUACAGUCUUUCUACCAUCUACCACCAGCAAUUGCCUCCCUCGCAUCUGAGCCUUACAGCUCUAGAUGGUACCUGUCAAUGUUUUGGCCAAUUCCAUAUGAGUUCAUGUUGUUGACAUGGAUAUUUGGCUCUACCUUUACUGUGGAGAGGAAUGUAUUUGAUAAACUCAAGAUGCAAACAUGGGCAAUCCCAAGAUUUAGUUUCCAUUAUUCAUCACCAAGCCAAAAGGAUGCCAUCAACAGUGUGAUUGAAAGAGCUGUUUUGGAGGCCGAGAAUGAAGGUGUUAAAGUGUUGAGCUUAGGCCUUCUUAAUCAGGGAGAGCAAUUUAACGGAAAUGGUGAAAUUUAUGUCCAAAAGCACCCAAAUCUUAAGAUCAGAAUCGUAGAUGGAAGCAGCUUAACUGUUGCCGUGGUGCUCCACAGCAUUCCCAAAGGAACAAAAGAGGUGCUUCUCAGAGGAAACAUCUCAAAGGUUGUUUGUGCUAUUGCCAAGAAUUUAUGUCAAAGAGGAAUUCAGGUAUCUGUGGUUGGCAAAGAUAAUUUUGAAAAGCUUAUGUUACGAAUCCCCACAGAGUUGUGGACUAAUUUGCUCCUCUCUACUAGUUACACCCAGAAGGUGUGGUUGGUGGGAGAUGGAGAACUGAGCGAGAAAGAACAAGCAGGAGCAGCGGAAGGGACCCAUUUCAUUCCAUGGUCACAGUUUCCUCCAAAGAAGAAGGUGCGAAAGGAUUGUAUUUACUACAGUACCCCAGCCAUGAUCAUCCCUAAGGCUCUACAAAAUGUAUACUCCUGUGAGAAUUGGCUGCCGAGGCGAGUGAUGAGUGCAUGGCGUGUGGCUGGAAUAGUGCAUGCCCUUGAAGGCUGGGAUGCACACGAGUGUGGAGACACCAUGUUUGAUAUGGAGAAAAUCUGGCUUGCUAGCCUACGCCAUGGAUUCCUUCCCAUGCAGGGUCAGGGUCACCCAUUGAUCUGAAACUUAUGAAUCAAUAGAGAGAGCCCACGAAUAAAGCUAACUGAAAAAACUUGAUUCAUACCAUAAUGUAUCAAGUUUUCACGCUUGAAAAAUCCCUCGCUUUCUUUUCUAUUAUUCCAAUGUUCGUUGCUAUGUACUUCAUAAUACUCAUGUCUCUAAUUUAUUACGUUAAUAAUACUCUCUCUCUCUCUCUCUC